AAGUACAGUUCUGGGCCAAAGUUCAACCUCACGCUGUUCGCGGUCCGAUGUCUAUACUAGUCACCACCUUUAAAGCAAAAAAAAAAAAAAAAAAAAAACUAUGAAAACGUGAGUGAGGGACUUUGCUUACUCUUUUACAAGGCUGCCUGCCAGAUCAGGAAUAAAAACUGCACUGUUAGGGCAUUCUUCCACACUGCAAAACUCUUCAGGACAUCGCCACAGACCAGAAAAUGCUGCUACAUCCCCAAAUCUCUGUCCUCGUUGCCUUCCUUUGGAGUCUUCCACCACUUUCCCUGGCUGGGAAGAUCCUAGUGUAUCCUGUGGAUGGAAGCCACUGGCUUAACAUGGACAUUUUGCUACGAGAGCUUCAUCAGCGAGGUCACAAACUAACAGUUGUCCGUUCUGCUAACAGCUGGUACAUCCCAGAGAACACCAAACACUAUACGCCCAUCACCAUCCAUUUCAAUCAUCCCUCCAGCCUGGAGGAUCCCGAGUACAUGGCGUCCUUUCUUAAAAGAAACAUUGACAUUCAAAGAGGGGAAGGAUCUGUUUGGUCAUUCAUGGCCCUGCAGAAAGAAGUAUGUACUCUUUUAGAAGAGUCUCACAAGACGUCUGCUGAGAUGGUGAGGAUCAUUCUAAAGGAUAAAAAGCUUGUGAAAACACUCAAAGAGUCCAAGUACGAUUUGAUGCUAACUGAUCCUGGCUUUGCAGGAGGGGUCAUACUGGGCAAGUACUUAGGUCUACCAAUGGUGUUCAAUGUACGAUGGAUAACAAAUGCAGAAGGGCACUUUGCAAUUGCACCCUCACCGCUUUCUUACAUCCCAACUAUCGGGUCCAGGGUGACGGACAAAAUGAGCUUUGCAAAUAAAAUGAAAAAUAUCUUGCAUUUUGGAAUUGGCCAAUACAUAGACCACUUGCUCACAAGGCCCAUUUAUCAAGGAGUCAUCAGUGAAUACAUAGACCCAAACUCCAAUGUGUACUCUCUGAUCCAAGGAGCAGAUCUGUGGCUCAUGCGAGUUGAUUUUGUAUUCGAGUUUCCUCGUCCUACUAUGCCCAAUGUGGUCUACAUUGGAGGCUUCCAGUGCAAACCAUCCAAACCUCUUCCAGAUGACCUGGAGAAGUUUGUCGAGAGUUCUGGAGAGCACGGGGUCGUGAUCAUGUCUUUGGGUACUCUGCUUGGAAGUCUGGUUCCUGACAUAUCUGAAGUUGUCGCCUCCGCCUUUGCUCGCUUGCCACAAAAGGUGAUUUGGAGGCACGUAGGGGAAAAGCCAUCUACGUUGGGGAACAAUACACUCAUAGUGGACUGGUUGCCUCAGAACGACCUCUUAGGCCAUCCUAAAACUAAAGCUUUCGUCACCCACGGAGGAACGAAUGGAAUCUACGAGGCUAUUUACCAUGGCGUUCCGAUGCUUGGGCUUCCGCUCAUCUUUGACCAAUUUGACAACAUGAUUCGCCUGGAAGCCAGAGGGGUGGCUCAAGUGCUAGACGUCGCAGCCCUGGAUGUAGAUACCCUAACGCAAGCCCUAAAGGACAUCCUGGACGAAAAUCAACCCUACCAGAAGAACAUGCGCAAGAUGUCAAGCCUGCAUCGUGACACUCCGCUCAAGCCAAUGGACAGUGCCAUCUUUUGGCUGGAGUUUGUCAUGAGGCAUAAGGGUGCGGCGCACCUGCGCACAGAGUCCUACAAACUUCCUUGGUAUUCCUACUACUGCGUAGAUGUGUUAAUGCUGAUAGUGAGUUUGUUUACGGCAGUCUGCCUACUCUUGUUCUUGAUGAUCAGGGCAUUGCUGAAAGUUUUUAUCAAGAAAAGAAAAGCCAAAAAAGAGUGAAGACAUCUUUGGUAACACUAGUUUUUUUGCUAUAGGCUGAUAUUAUUAAAGUCUGUGUAAAGGCAAUUCAGAAAAUUGUUUCUAAACACAUUAUAAAUGUUAGAAAUGUAUUGCUGAAAACACAUUAGAAAGACUGUGAACUACAUAAUAGUGAAUUGUGGAGUUAUACUGUUUUUUUUGACGCACUCGAGCCAUUCAGCAUGGCACUCCCCUAACACAAUAAUAGGUGUGUUUGUCUUGAAGCAGCGCUGCACGUUUGGUGUAUGACAUCAUAGUACACACCUAAUAACUAGUGCCUAUUAGCAUCAGUGGUUCACCCGCUCAAUUGUGAGUUACUGUUAUUACCAUUAGUUAUUACAUUUUACUAGCUAGCAAAUGCCUUCGUCACGUAAAUGCAUAUUACCUGGUUGUGGUAAUUUACAAACCAGCGCAGUCUCUUUAUUUAAAUUCAUUUGUAUUUGAUAGUUGAGAGAGGCGGCACACCCACAGCAUUUAAGAGCAAAGAAUACUGCUUAUUUUUUCAAAAUUUUGAUAACUUGCCAGUUUUUUUAGCAUUCAAAUUUGGCUUGGUGGUUAAUAACACAUUUUUCUGUGGUGUGACAAACUCAGAUAUUUAAUAUUUCUUUACACAGACUUUAAUGGUGCUCUAUGCUAUGGAAGCCCAUUUCUGCCACUGAAUAAAAAAUAAAUGUAGUUGCAACUUUUUAUCUCACAAUUCUGACUUUUCUUUCAGUUUCGAGUUUACACCUCGCAAUUCUGAAUUUUUUUUCUCAGAAGUGCAUGAUACAAACUCACAAUUCUGACAUUUUUAUAAGAAUUGUGAGAUAUAAGCUCACGAUUGUGAAUUAUAAAGUCAGAAUUCUGAGAAAUAAACUCAGAAUCGCGAGAUAUAAAGUCACAAUUAUGCAUUUGUAUUUUACAAUUGUGAGUUAAGUCAGAACUGUGAGACACAAACGAGACAAGAAAAAAGUCAGAAUUGCAAGAUAUCAUCAAGCAGUUCUGACUUUAUUUCUUGCAACUGUGAGUUUAUAUCAUGCAAUUCUAAGAAAAGUCGUCUGACUUUAUUUCUCGCAAUUGUUUAUAUCAUGCAAUUCCAAGAAAAGAAGUCAGAAUUAUGAGAUAAGUCACAAUUUUUUUUAUUUUACAUUCAGUGACCUCCAAAGUGAGGUUUGGUUAGUUAGCAUGGCCCUGUCAGUCUUUGCUGUUAGACGUUAACUUCAUCAUCUUUCUCCAUUGAUAAUUUUGCAAGCAACAUUUAAAAUGCAAACGUAUUAAUGUACUGAAGUAGACAUUUUCUGAAUGCCCAAAUUUUGGAGUGCUCUUAAAAUCAUGAAGUGCACUUAAAUUUUCCAUUGUCUGCUGUUUUUCACAAUAAAGUAUGACUGGUAAUAAA